UUAUUGAGUGUUCCCGAAUAGAAGACAUUCCAUAUAAACCAUAGACACCAACUACAAAUACAUGCAUAUUACAUAGAAGAGAGAGGAACAACAAUGGAGACCCUCAGAACUAUCCUUCAAGUAGUUCAGACACAGCCCUUUGCCGUCUCCGCCGUGCUGGGGGUUCUGUCUCUUUUCUUUUUCCUCUUCCUCAGCCUCAGGGGCCUUAAACAUUCUACACUUCCCACGGUACCAGCGGUUCCGGGGCUACCAGUGAUAGGGAAUCUUCUGCAGUUGAAGGAGAAGAAACCUUACAAAACGUUCAAACAGUUAGCUGAGAAAUAUGGACCCAUCUAUUCCAUCAGAACGGGUGCUUUCACUGUCAUUGUUCUCAACUCAGUCCAGCUUGCCAAGGAGGCAAUGGUGACAAGAUUUUCAUCCAUGUCAAAUAGGCAGCUAUCAACUGCACUCAAGGUUUUGACUUUUGAUAAAUGCAUGGUUGCUAUAAGCGACUACAAUGACUUUCACAAAAUGAUCAAAAAGCAUAUUCUUUCAAACAUUCUUGGAGCCAAUGCACAGAAGCGACACCGUUCCCACAGAGAAGAGAUGAUUGCAAACAUUUUAAGUCAGUUUAAUGAACAUGUGGAGACCUCCCCUACUAAAGCUGUUGAUUUUAGGAAUAUAUUUGCCUCUGAACUUUUUGGUCUGGGAUUGAAGCAAGGCGUGGGGUCCAAUGUAGAAUCCCUUUAUGUGAAGGAGCUGGGUGAUACUUUGACCAAAGAUGACAUAUACAAGAUUCUAGUGCUUGACCUGAUGGAAGGUGCACUUGAGGUGGAUUGGAGAGACUUCUUCCCAUACUUGCAAUGGAUUCCAAACAGGAGUCUAGAGAAGAAAAUAGAGACAAUUCAUUUCCGCAGGAAAGUUGUGAUGGAGGCAUUGAUUGAUGAGCAGAAGAAGAGAAUUGCUUCAGGAAAGGAAAUACAUUGUUACAUUGACUACCUGUUGUCCGAAGCAAAAGAGCUGACAGAAGAACAAGUUUCCAUUCUGCUUUGGGAGACCAUUAUUGAGACAUCAGAUACUACAUUAGUCACAACAGAAUGGGCUAUGUUUGAACUUGCUAGAGACAAAAAACGCCAGGACCGUCUCUACGAGGAGAUCCAAAAAGUGUGUGGAAAUGAAAAGCUCACUGAAGACCACUUAUCUAAGCUUCCAUACUUAGGGGCUGUCUUCCAUGAGACUUUAAGGAAGCAUAGUCCAGCUCCAAUUGUCCCUCUAAGAAGCGUUCAAGAAGAUACAGAACUUGGAGGAUAUCACAUACCUAAAGGAAGCCAGAUUGCAAUAAACAUAUAUGGAUGUAACAUGGACAAGAGUCAGUGGGAAAAUCCUCACUGGUGGAUGCCAGAGAGGUUUCUUGAUGAGAAAUAUGACCCUGCGGAUUUGCACAAGACCAUGGCCUUUGGAGCAGGAAAGAGGGUGUGUGCUGGUGCUCUUCAAGCAAUGCUGAUAGCUUGCACAGCAAUUGGAAGAUUGGUUCAGGAAUUCGAGUGGAAGCUGAAAGAGGGAGCAGGAGGAGAGGAUGUGGACACGGUUGGCCUUACCACCCACAAGCUCCAUCCCCUGCAGGUCAAACUCAAGCCAAGAAAUCACUAGACAUGAUCAACUUUCAGCCAACAUUGCCUUCAUACCCCUUCUUAAUUCUUCUCAAAUCACACCAAAACUCUUCAAGUUUUUCCUAGAUAGCAUUAGAGAAAGAGGGUGUUUGUCACUUUUUUAUUAAAUAAAAUGAAGGGUAUGCAAUAUGCAUUUCAUUUUUCUAAACA